GGCAACGAGGAUGGGAGUGCGGGACCAGCGCGCGGCGCCCAGGGUCACGGCCGCGGCGGAGUCUGCGGGGCGCUAAGCCAGCGCCCCGCGCUUUAAAAGCCGGGAUCGCGACGUGCUCGAGGCGCGGGCGGCGGCCGGAUGGAGAGGAAGGGCUUGGCGGCCCGAGCCUCGGGGAACCCUAGCCCGCCCGCGCUGGGUGAGGGACCGCGGCCCGUGCCGCCACCGUGCGUCCCGAGCAGCGGAGGAGCCCCGGAGCGGGGCCAGGCUGGAGCGGCGGCCGAGCCCGCGGAGCUUAUCCGGCGCGCGCAGGAGUUCAAGAGCCAAGGGGCUCAGUGCUACAAGGACAAGAAAUUCCGCGAAGCCAUCGGCAAAUACCACCGGGCGUUGCUGGAGCUGAAGGGAUUGCUGCCGCCCGCGGGGGAGCGGGAGCGGGACGCACGGUCAGCCUCCCCGGCAGGGGUUCCCAAAGCCAGCCGCCUCUCGGAGGAGCAGAGCAAGACGGUUGAAGCCAUUGAGAUCGACUGUUACAACAGCCUGGCAGCCUGCCUGCUCCAGGCUGAGCUGGUAAAUUAUGAGCGAGUCAAGGAGUAUUGCCUCAAGGUCCUGAAGAAGGAAGGAGAGAACUUCAAAGCUCUUUACAGGUCUGGUGUGGCCUUCUAUCAUCUUGGGGACUAUGACAAAGCUCUCUACUACCUAAAAGAAGCAAGGACCCGACAACCCACAGACACCAAUGUGAUUCGGUACAUCCAGCUGACCGAGAUGAAGCUUAGCAGAUGUUCCCAAAGGGAGAAAGAAGCCAUGUAACAAGAAGCCUCCCUCAGCCACACUCGACCCUGACCAGGGACUUCCAGGCCCCAGUGGGGGAGAGUCCCGACGUGGGUUCUCUCCCUCUCUUCCCAGAUCUUCCUGUAUCUCUCCUGUUGCUCAUUCUGUUGCUCCCCAACUCUGUCUGUGAGAAGGUGAGCAACGCUCUUGGAUCUUCGUGGGCAACCCAAACGUGGACUUAUCCUCUUCUCGAGUACGUCAGCAAAUGGGGCAGCUGGGGAGUCUCGUGGACUGGGGACGGUCCUGUGGCUUUGACUUGGCCCAGGGUUUCUGAGCCUCGUAGGUGUGUGGAGCCCACAGUCUGGACCCUUCUACAUCUUCCCAGGGGAUCAGAGCAUCUUGAGGCAACUGUGAUCAAUCUAAGAAGCAAUGGUCAAACUAAUGCUGAGCUCGUGAAUUUCCUUCUGCCCCCUGCGCCUGCAACAUCCCCGGACUUGGCCAGGCUUGUACUUUCUUUUCUCCCACUGCGUGGUCAGGUCUUUGCCAGGAUUCACAUGCCAUUAAGGCCCACUCUCAGUGCCCUCUGGUGACCACACAUACCAUUCCCCCACCCCCAGCUAGCCGGCAGCUGUAACAACAGAAGGGCAGGGUGAAAUGGGCCAAAGGUUGGGGGCAGAGCAGACUGGGUAAGUGACUGAGGAGGGAAAGAAAGAGCCUUGGGUGGACUGAAGGAUUAGACUAAUUAAUGUAAAUAAAAACUAACUCACAGGCAUCUGUUCCUGUCAUUCUGUCCACUCCCUUACUUCUGUUUCCUCUCUGUCCCUCAGGCAGAGUGGCCUACAGCUUCCCUUAAAGCCAGUGACCAAGACUAUAUGCAUCAUGUUAGCCACAGCCUGUGCUGGGAUGGUGGAAACUGCUCCAGGACUCGACUUAGUGGGAAUUUGUACGCCCCACACCCCCCUUUUGACAAAAUUAUCUAAACUCAAAAUCUAGCGCAUAACAAAUUUUUGUCAACUGGAUAAAUUUCAACUGCAGACUGACUCACCUGCCUUAAGCGAAUCGGGUCCCAGCCUGGUCUCCUGACACACAUGCUUUUUAUGCUAUACCACACUGAAACAUUUCCUGAGGGCUUACUGGUCCCCCACCACAGUGCAAUAUAGGACAGAGUCCCAGUCUUCACGAAGAUAGGAAAGCUAAGAAGUCCAUAUGACACCAUUAAUAUAUAUAAUGCUUAAACAUUUUCAAGGCACUUCCAUGUAUUUUUCGUGUGACUUAGCAAGACACUAUUGUAUAAAAUCAAAAUAUAUACAGAUGCAAUAAUGUUAAUAGUUAGGAUUUAUUAAAUGCACUAUCUUUAGAUCGUUACACGGACAAUCUCAUUUCUUUCAUAUACUCACUCUGUGGGAUAUUAUCCCCAGGUGAUGGGGAAGACAAACAGCCGGGAAAAUUAACUUUCUUGAGGUUGCACGGCCUUACAGGACAUGGCUAGGAUUGAACCAGAUCUGACUGGUUCCAGAGCUCUGGCUCCUCCUACCUUAUGCUUAGCUGCCUCUCUGUUAAACAGUGGCACUGUUUGAGAGCAGAACAAUUUCCAUAAAGUCGAAACAUGAUUCACACAUCAAUCCUUCACCCCCUUAUAGUUAUACAGGCAAGACAGAAAGAGACCAGAAGCCAGAAUCCCUAGUGGCUUUGAGCAGUGACCAGCCCGGAAAAGGACAACAGACCUGGCAGUUACAUCUGUGUGCUGGUUGUUCUAUUUCUGAUGGGGCAGCACGAAUCUGAACAACCCGCCUGGCCGUCCUCACUGCAUGGCCAGCAGUGAGAAGGAAUGGCAAGUGUAGGCAAAGACUGGAGGGAAACACGAGUACGGCUUAUUUGUUCAAGCAGUUGCUUUGCCAGUAAAAGAUCCAGUCACUGCUGAAGUGCCCAGAAGCCAGCAGCACAACAUAUAUCCACACAGCUCCCCAAACACUCCCAGUGGGGGCUGCAGGAAGGUGCUAGAAAUAUCCAGAGUCCCACCAUGGCUCUGGAGAAGAAGAAAAGGAACAAGCCAUCCCAGAACCACUCUCCCUGACUUUGAACAUAGUCUGUCUUCUUCCUCCAAAAUGGCUUCUCAUGACCCCAACCCCAAACUGCUCUCAGCCCUGGCAUCUGCCUACACCCAUCCCCUCAGUCCUCAAUGCCACCCCCAAGCUCAGAGGUCACAGGCUGACAAACAGUUAGGAUCUGAUGACGAAAAUGAGGUCAGAGGUGGUAUACAGAAUGAGUUCAAACUGGCAGGCUCCUCCCUUGCUCUUCAAUGCAUUAGGAUGGUUUUGCUACUAAUUUCUAAUAAAAAGGAGGGAGAGAACACUUGCUUGAAUGCAUGCGUUGGGGGAAAGGCUGUAUUCAUAGGAAUAAGACCAUUGCCACCCCAAAGAGAAUGUUUGAAAAAGCACAGUGAGUGACUCAGAUACUUAUACUCGUGGCAACUCCAUUCACUGUGACCCAGACUUAAAUGACUUGCCCCCCACCUCAAAAAAGAAGCGGUCUGGGCUAUUAGUUAAUACGAGAGGGUGGCAGGGAAGAAUCUUCUGUUCAUUUGCCAGCAGAGUCUUUAGAGAGCUGUUUCUCUUCCUUCUUCCAUGUCUCCUAAGAUCAAGGACUGCACUCUGCUUGCAGACCUGGUGGGUGCCACUGCUAAACUGUGCAGACCACACACACUCAGCACAGAUCUGCCCUGCACUGUCACCUGUCUGGACUUUUGCGAAAGACCCUUUGGCACACAAUUUAGACUUCUGGUUGAGUUGUCAAAGCCACACACAUGUGUUGUAGAACAUGUAAGGAAAGUUAAGGAUGACCCUUAGCUCAUCACACUAGCACCAAGAGGACAUGUCCAUCCUUUCUGUACAUCUUUCAUUCUCCUUGGUAUAAAUGUGUACAUGUACUCUCACCGGCUUUUGGUUUUUCCGCUUUUAUGUUUGUUCAUUUGUUUUUUAUUGAAGAAAACUGGAUCGUGCUGUAUAUACUGUUUCAUAACUUACUUUUCAAAUGUGUAUUUAUAUUUUAGAAUAUGCAAUAUAUGCACAGAUCUAUAAAAGUCAAAUAGUAUACAAACUCUGUAGUUGAAAGUAACUCUCCUUCCCUGUCUGCCCACAGCAAGUUUCCCUCUGGUUUCUUGUGGACCCCUCUUCAAGAGACUCUCGUUUUUCAAAGAUAUGUAUAUAUUUUCUUUUAUCACUCACAGUGAUAGCAUGCCAGAUGCUUUUCCCCCUGUUGCUUUGUGUAAUAUGUUAUGGGCAUUUCGGUGUGUCUCUUGGACUUUUCUGAUCGCAUCUUCAUGGUAUGGGUAGGUCUUUAUUUUGUAACCUGUCCACAAACACAGAUGAUCUCCCCUGUUUCCAGUCUUUACUGUAAAUAAUGUUGUAACUGAUAUUCUUGUCACUAAAUUUUGCACAUGUCUGUGGCGAGUUCCUUAAGGAUAUAAUCCGAGAUGGAAACUGUUUGAAUAUUUUUAAGGAUUUUGAUACAUGUCGCCAAUACCCCGUGGAAAGUUUGUACCCAGAAGCUGUCCUGUUUGCCGCCCCCAGAGCACCCUGCUCUCUGGACCCUGAAAAGCACUAGGUGUUAUCACUUACCAAAUCUUUGCCAAUUUGAUAGGCAAAUAACAGUAAGUCAAUGGCAUUUCAACUUAUUGGUUUAACUUUAUCAGUGAAUAGCAUUUUCACGUGAUU